GAGCGAAACGAAUCCGAGUUUCUGGGUCUCUCUCACUUUACCUUGUUGUCCGCAUCUCAGUUUUCCCCCUUCUUCGCCUUCUCGCCUGUCCGCCUGUCCGCCCCGCUCCAGUAGUGUCGCUUGCCCGGAGAAUCCGCUGCGUUUUCUGACACUGGUUCCAGUCCUCUUCUCGCGUUCUUUGUUCCACUCUUUAGAUUCUCCGUCUUUUCAGUUUCUGCGCGUCUCCCUUGCUGUCUUUUUCACUUUUUCAAUCGUCGACUUCCUCUGCCCUCCUCGCUGGACACCGAACUCUGGGCGUCGUCGCGCUGGCGCCUCUCCGUCUCCGUCGUGUCGGGAGAGGCGUCUCUCUGCCCACCUUUUCCGCGCUCUUCUGUCUUCUUUCUUCGUCUCUCCUUUUUCCUUUCUUCCCCUCUUUUCCAGCCGACUCCUCUCCCGCCUCUCUGCGGCUUUUUUCUCGAAACACCGCUCGGCCCUGUGGCAUGGUGCGGCGCGCUCGCUGCCUCCUGGGGGAUAACAGAGAGAGGACAGCUGCGCUCCCCGCAGUUCUCGUCUCUCGUCACCGGAACAAAGAGCCUUGCUCUUUCUCUGCUGCUCGGAAAAACCACGGGGAGCGCAUGGCCCUCUUCUCUGGUGGAGCUCCCGAGAGAACCCGACCAGCUUCUCAACACGAUCCCUCGCGCUCUGCCUUGGAGUCGAGGUGACGGCUGUGUCGUCGUCGUCUGUUUGACUGUGCAGGAGGACCCUUUGUUUUUCCGCAAAAGUCGACACCAUGGUGAGAAUUUUCGUCAAGGGCGGUGUUUGGAAGAACAGCGAGGAUGAGGUGCUGAAGGCGGCUGUUAUGAAGUACGGCAUCAACAACUGGUCGCGCGUGGCGUCGCUCUUGGUUCGCAAGUCGGCAAAACAGUGCAAAGCCAGAUGGUACGAGUGGCUUGACCCGAGCGUGAAGAAGACGGAGUGGACGCGCGACGAAGAAGAGAAGCUGCUGCAUCUCGCGAAACUCUUCCCAACUCAGUGGAGGACGAUCGCUCCGAUUGUCGGCCGGACUGCUCACCAGUGCCUCGAACAUUACGAAAAGCUCCUCGACCAAGCUCAAGGAAACGAUGAGGAGGACGAGGGAAGACCCAAGAAGUCUUUGGUACCCGCAGCUGCUCGCCAAGCAACGGGCGCGGCCGCGGGUCGUGGUCGCUUCGACGACCCGCGCCGUCUGCGGCCUGGCGAAAUCGAUCCUCAUCCAGAGACGAAACCUUCGCGAGCAGACGCGAUCGACAUGCAAGAUGACGAAAAAGAAAUGUUGCAGGAGGCGCGCGCGCGUUUGGCCAACACCCGAGGCAAGAAGGCGAAGCGAAAAGCGCGAGAAAAGCAACUGGAGGAGGCGCGGCGGUUGGCCUCCCUUCAAAAGCGGCGGGAGAUGAAGGCUGCGGGAUUAAUAACCUCGUUGCGUCCCCAUAAAAGAAGAAGGGAAAUGGACUACGGUGUCGACAUCCCUUUCGAGGAGAAGCCGCCUCCGGGGUUCCACGCUGUCGGCGCAGAGGAGACUCCAGAAGGAAACCUCAACUUCGCAAAUAUCAGCCUUCAGCAACUGGAAGGGACGAUGCGCGCCCAGGAAGAGAUGAAACUCAGACGAGAAGAUGCGCGCAAGCUCAAACGGCUGCAAGAGGAGAAUCUGCCGGCGUAUCUGCAGCAGCUCGAAGAGAAAAACAAGCUUGACAUGAUGAAGAAGAAGCAGAAACUGCAUCUUCCUGCCCCAGCGCUGCAGGCGCAUGAGUUGGAAGAAAUCGUUCGCCUGGGCGCCGAGGCGUCUGCGCUUUCAGGAGCUCCAGGGGCGAUGCCUACGAACCGGUUGCUCGCUUCCGGCAGCGUUGCACCAGGAACUCCGAUGACGGGGGCGACGUCGUCCGCAGCUCGCACCCCUCGGCGCGAAGAUGUGAUUCUCAUGGAAGCAGCGAACGCCGUCAUGACAAUCAACCAGUCUACGCCUCUUGAAGGCGGGGAGAACUUGCAGCUCCACGAAACCGGCCUGAGCGGGAAGAUUUCUUUCAGCGGCGCUCCGGGCACUGCCAGCGUCGCUGGGCAGAGAACUCCGAAUCUCCUAGCUGAGGCGUACAAACACAGACGGACGGCGGACGCCGCGUCCUCCAUGACGACGCCCAGAACUCUCGGUGGACGCAGCGAGUUUGGCAUGACUGCUGGCGACGCUGAGGAGUCGGAAGCAGAAAGCGGCGGCAUGGGAGCGAAAGCUCGACUCUCUCUUGCACAGUUCCAUGUGCGCUCGUCUCUGUCGUCGCUGCCAGCGCCGCAAAAUGAAAUCGAGCGCGCCUUGCCGAACGAGGACGACCUGGCUGCGGCAGAAGACGGGUUCGCUGACGACCAAGAGGAAGACAUGGAAGAUGUUCUUGAGCGCCAGAGAGCUGCAGCAGACGCGGCCCGCCAGGCCGAGUGGCGGCGUCAGUCUCAGGCAGUGCAGCGGCAUUUGCCCCGUCCCCUUCUUCUUCCUGAGUCGGCGUUGUCGCGAGACGGACUGGGUUUCUUUCCGUCUACCUUUGACGAUGAACAGCAGAUACAGACUCUCAUUCUCCAGAGAGAAGACGAAGAAGAAGGUGGGGCCUUCACCAAGCAGGGAGAUGCACAGCGCGUAGGGAGAAGGAAAGCAAAGGCUGCGGAGGUCGCGCGCAGGCUGAAAGAAGCGGAGAAGUUGAUAAAUGAAGAAGUCAUGGUGCUUCUUGCCAACGACGCCCUCAAACACCCCAUCAAAGGUGGGAAGGCGCCUUCGUCAGUUCCGCAGCUCGAGAAACUUGACGAUGAUCUUCUGCAUGAGGCCCGAGAGAUGCUCCGUUGCGAAGCUGAGCUGAUGCAGCACCAGAGUGAAGUGGCUACGGAAGGACAUCUCGAUCAAGACCGAGUUGCGAGGAUCUUCGACGAUGCUCAAGACGCGUUUAUCUUCUCUCCGUCAGCAAAAAAAUUUGUGCUGUAUCAAUCGCUUCCUGGAAGUGAACGCGCAGAAGCUCUGAAACGCCAGUUUGAGGACUUGAAAAAGCAAGUGGAAGCGACAGCGAACCGUGUAAAGAAGGCGGAGAAGAAGUACUCUGUGCUCACAAAGGGCUACGAAACAAAGGCGACGAGUUUGAUUGAGCGUCUUGAAGAGACGUACAGAGAUUUCGAGUUGCAGGCAGCCACACUGGCGGCCUUCCAGGCUCUGAGAGACCGCGAGCUUCCUGCGAUUGAGAAGAGGAAACAAGAGCAGCAGGCGUUGGUGUUGAGAGAAAGGGAAAAGCACCUGUGGAUGCAGAGACGCUAUGCAGCUCUCCAGCGACAGAAGGAAGAGCUCCAGGCUCUCCUUGCGGCAGCUCCUGCCAGUCAAGCCCUCACUUCUUCGGAGGCGAUGGCAAAUGGAACAAGUGAAGAGGCGAAGAAGGCAGACCAGGAGACAGAAGAAUGAAACUGCGUGGCUUCAAACAAGUCGGCACAUGCUUAGAAGCGUUUAUGGUUUAGAAGUUGCGGGGUUACCUCCGCCGCAUGUCGACAGUUCCACAAGCGUCAAGUGCUAUAAAAUACGAGGUGGGGGAGAGCGACUGCGCAUCGUAGGGUCGUUUCAGGUGGGGACGCGACUUUUCAAGCUCCACGAGAAUUCGAAAAGCGUUCCCCAGGCUCGCUGACAAAGUGUUGUGUCUAGGCAUGUAAAAGAGAGUCCACUGGAUCGGUGGUUUCAUGCAAUCUUAAAGAACUUUGUCGUCUGUUUCACAAAACUGGAAUCUAGGGGGAUAGCGUCUGUAGGAUGAACAGCGGCAAUGGAUGCCAGAGCAGAGGAUGAGUAAAAGGGGAGAAAAAAGCACAGGUGGAAAUCGGGGGAUACAAGAGACAGUAGAAGGAGGAACAAACGGUAACAGACAACGCAUGGAAAGUUGAAAUUGUUUUUUGAUAUAGCAGUCCCGGUGCCUUCACGCAGCGGGGAGACGAAUGCUCAGAGAUAGGCUGUACCCGACGAAUAAAAAAAGAGUCAUACGGCAGUCCCAGAAACGAGAGAAGCAUCUGAUGUGAGGAGGAUAUCGUGGAAUAUUACCAGGAUAAAGGAACGAGGGAAGAGAGAAAUAGAGACCGAACAGAAGAGGAAACUGCACGAGUGAGAAGUUUCUUUCCAUUCGUCUUCACGUGCUGGGUGGAAGAGCGUCGAUCGUUCGUGUUCUGUGUUGCUAUUAGUCCCCUCAGGUUGCAUGGUACAUCUUUCUUGUGACUUUCUUCUGGCACCCUGUGCCCACAUUUUCCCUUGUUUUUGCUUCCGUCCACUAUUAGCACCGUUCUGCGUGGCGGCUGUUUCUUUCCUAACUUCAUCUUUAUCUGGGUCCGUUUGUUUCUGAUGCAAUCGCGCGUUGUCAGACAGAGAGAGGAGCAUGCUUUGGGAACCUGCCCUCCCUGCAGUCAAUAAUUCAGACACUCCACUGUAUCCUCGGCAUUGAAAACAUGAGGAUCAUGAAAGAAAACUCCAGUUAUUGUUCUUGGUUUGUUCGCUCACGAACACCCCUUCAGACAAGCAGUUUUGUGCCUUCUCCGGACGCUUUUUCCUUUGCUAGUAGAGUAAAAGCCGGCUUGUAUGGUUAGACGUGGUUUUUUAUCAAAAGACUAACACGUCUGUUCGCUAUGACAGAUUACAUGGGGGAAAGUAGAGAGUGAGCAUGCACAAGAGAGAUUUCACCAUAUGAAGAAAAGCAGCCGUUCAUUGCCGUAGCACGAUCGCGAAUAAGUCGCUGCACUGUCAACACUGGCCACCGCUUUAAUCCGUCUUCCCUCGUGACACUUCUCGUAACACAACCACCCGGUAUAAUUGCAGCACUGCGACUUCAAAGCAAUGCUGUGGCAGGCAAUUUCAGUUCUGCACGUUGUUGGAAGACAAUCCCCCUGGAGUGCUGGCACAGCUCCUCCCUCACAAGAUGCACGAGAUUGAGAGUGGCAAAAUGUAUUCCAAAUCUGAAGACAAAUCAGAAACUUGAAGGGCUUCUGCUAUGGAUAGUAAACUGAUGAAUCAGCUGGAUGUUUCCUUUGUGCAACGAUGGACAGCACCCAAAUGCGCACAUGGACAUCCAAUCACAGACCCGGACUGCUCGACGCAUUGAACAGAAAGGAGAAAAAGACCCAGAAAGAUUACAUUACCGACGAGACGCUGGGGGAACGUGUGUAGCGGUACAAUGCGGAAAAGCGUUCGCUACUCACAGUCGAAUGGCCCAUGCCGUAAAACUGAUACAUGAUGCCAAUUGAGUCGUCUCUUCUCGUUCAGUUCAGUAUAUAAAGCACCCCCUCGAUCGUGUUUGAACAUCUAAACAGUUGAAGUAGUGCACAGACUGCGCCUUUACAUGCUAUCACAUCAAAUUAACGAUGUUCACGAUUUCAUCUUCAUCACUCGCAUUCCAGUCCCUAAGUUCCCUGUAGUCGGUGUCUGAACGGACACGGGGAGACUCCUGAACAAAACCUUUGAACGGGUAAUGGAAGACUAUACAGGAAAAUUCACCAAAUACCCUUAUCGGUUUUUGGUCAUGCGCUGGGGGAGAGAAGACAACAGUGAGACAUGUCAUGGAGUUACCGCUGAUUGUGUGUCCCGUGGGCCUCCAGCCCCGAUACCAUCAGCCUGAGCCGCACCCGCCCUUUGGGGACCUGGAUCAGAGAUCGUCCGCUCAGUUGGUACAGAGUAGUAAGAGUUUUCGCCUGGAACUUGUGGUUGCCGAGGGUUUUCUGUUCUGGGUGGUCCUGGCACAGCUGACACACCGCCGCUACGGGAAAGUAGAGUAUGCGGAGACGAGAUGGGUUGUGUACGUGACCCUGGUUGUGAGGGAGCGAGUGGAAUUGCAGCAGCUGCAGUUUCGUCCAUCCACGGUGGAGUCUGUUGCGGCCCGAAGAAAGUCGCAUUUUCUACCACAGGGAGAGUCUCCUGUUGUGAUAGUGGAAGUUGGCUUUGCACGGCAUCUUGUAUCCCGGAGAUUAAUGGAUGAAGCGACGGUCCACUUUGCGGAUGCUCAGAGGUUUCAAGAGAAUCUGCAUGUGAGAAAGAAGAACUUGUGGGGGUCAGUGCCGCUGGGGUGCGGCUAUCUGUAGGAGGUCCACCGGCUGGAGACUGCGAUCCCACCGCUACGGAAUGGCCACUGGUGCCGACAACGGGGUCUAUUGAGUGGACAGUUGGAGUUUCUGGUGUAUGCGGGCUCUUGAGAUGAUUUGAGUACGUUAACCUCGCCUCCGUCUCAAUGUGUUGAGGGCUUUGUAACGGC